AUGAGCCCCAUUCUCUUUCCUCCCUCCUCCUGUGGAAGGGCUCCCCAGGUCCUUCCCGCCUGGAUUCAUCCAGCCCAUGAUUUUCAUGUCACCAGGCCUCCACUGCCUCCAGGUUGGAGACAGGGCUCUCUCCCUGGCAGCUGCUGGAGAGCGAGACUGUUCCUGAGCCCCUCAUUAAACGUGUCUCCUGCAGCAGUGGCUACACUGACGUGUCCUUCUCUCCACCCAGGCUAUGACUUCUGCCAGGUCCUGCAGUGGUUUGCCAAGAGGGUGGACAGGAUCAUCCUGCUCUUUGACGCUCACAAGCUGGACAUCUCAGAUGAAUUCUCAGAGGCCAUCAAGGCCUUCCGGUGCCAGGACGACAAGAUCCGUGUCAUGCUGAACAAGGCCGACCAAGUGGACAUGCAGCAGCUGAUGCGGGUCUACGGGGCCCUCGUGUGGUCCCUAGGCAAGGUCAUCAACACGCCCGAGGUACUGCGCGUCUACAUUGGCUCCUUCUGGGCGCAGCCCCUGCAGAACACAGACAACCGCCGGCUCUUCGAGGCUGAGGCCCAGGACCUCUUCAGAGACAUCCAGAGCCUCCCCCAGAAGGCAGCGGUGCGCAAGCUCAACGACCUCAUCAAGCGAGCGAGGCUGGCCAAGGAAAAUGUUUGAAGUAUGGGUAUUUGCAGCCGGAGCUUCUCAGUGCCAGUUGCUCGUGGGCAGUGCCAUGCUGAGGAGCGGGGACAGGAAGCGGGCUCACCCGGAGGAGAAGCCGGACUCAGCAUGGCGGCCUUGGCCACUAACUCAUGACAUUGACCUCACGCCACCUGCAGUUUCAUGUUCCACCGCUGAACUUGUUUCUGCUUAAAUGGACAGAUGCUUACCUGAGUUUUUCUUUUUGGAGUGUUUAUAUUUUCCAAAAGUGCUUUUAUUUUGGUUUAUUAACCUUUCUCUUGAUCCAGUUUUCCUUUUUCACACCAACUGUUCCAAAGCUCUGUAGUCUGCAUUAUGUGUGUUUUUUUGUUUGAUCCUGUUGACAACUACAGAGUUGGGCAUUUUUGUCCUCAUUUCCCACCUGAGGGAAUGGAAGCUCAGAAAGGUGAAGUUAUGUCCCCGAGGCUUCACAGCCUGUAAGCUGCAAAGUAUACGUUCAAACCUCGGUCAGUGUGACACCUCAGUCCAGAAAGCAGUCACCUGAAAUCGGGAGUGAACAGCAGCUACAGUACCUCCUCCCUUGUGUCCUUGUUUUCUGCACUGAUCUGUUAAUCUAUUUAUUCCAUAAAAGUCUCCAUCCACAGAAACCCUACAAAGUUUAGGUUUAUCAAGCUGACACUUUGAAAACAUGCAAAGGGUAAGUUUUCAGAUGUCAGCUAAGAGAUGUCAAGUCUGAGUUGGGUUGUGGGGUAUGUUUAUUUAUAGAACACCAUAAUUAACCAGGAUUCAUGGCCCAUCCAGAUAAAGCAAGUGCGCCGUUUUAAUCAAACUCGAAGUGUCAUAAAGGUGACAUUUUAAUAAUAUGAAAAGUAGAUAGAUACUGUUCCCAAAGAGCUCUUGAAGUUUAUUUCCCUUCUUUUUCUGUUUAUAUAUUUUUUUCACAUCUCUGUAUUUAAGGAACAGGGAAACUUUAGAGUGGGUUUUUGGUUAGCCUCAAAGAUCACUUCUUACAAUCUCAGUAGACAUCCUUCUUGGAAGACGGCUCACACUCUGAGAUGCCAGUCAGGGUUCAUUUCAUGAUUCUUUAAAGGAAGCUAUUUUGGGAAAGCCCAAAAAAGGGUUUGGAAAAUGUCAUUUACUUUUAUUCAGCUAUAAUUAAAAUAGCCAAAUUAAAGAAAUUAGACUCAUACAAAUCCCAAACAAUGCAAGUUCACUAUCAGACCCCACCCUUUAGAAGCGUAUUGCCCAAGAAUAGGAAAGGCUGUCACCCAUUUGGAGAUCUUUGCUCAACAAAAAUGAGGCAACAUUUGAGGAAGAAACAAGUAAAACUGAGAAAGAAGAGGAGAGGUCAGUGAUUUUCAAGGUUCACUAUAGUUCUGUGGAAUUUAGCUUAUUUCAAAUGUAGACUCUUCUCAGUCACAUGUGAUGUGCAGAGCCUGGCUUUCUUGUCUAUAAGCUGGGCACGGUGGCUCAUGCCUGUAAUCCCAACACUUCAGGAAACCGAGGCGGGCAGAUCACUUGAGGUCAAGAGUUCGAGACCAGCCUGGCUAACAUGGUGAAACCCCGUCUCUACUAAAUGUCAUCAAAAUGACAAAAUGACAGUUUUUCUCUAGGCUAAUAACUCAAUGAGCAGAAAGGAAAGUCCUCCCUUUUAAAUGUAUAUGAAUGUGUAUGUAGUUCACACUUACACUCUGAC